CAGCUAGCACCAGCUGCCAGACGCUUUACAAAUAUGAUGUGUUCACCUCAUUCGAGCACAUGAAGGUGACAGCACCAGCCAUGUCCAGGCAGGCAUUUCUGAAAAUGUUGGAGCACAGAUCUGUUCAAGCUGGACGGACAGGUAUUAUCUGUGCUGAUACAUUUCAGCGAAGCUUCUUCGAGUUUAGCUUCUGUCAGUACAAACAAGAGGAUAUGUGCCAGGUCCAUCACUUUGUUUGUCCAGCAUGUUCUCCAGACAUGUUGGCUGUCUGCUGUGAUGGAAACCGCAAGCAUUACCGCUUUUCCAAGUCAAAGGGACUGAGGAGCCGCCAAUCUAUGAGGGCUUGUUCCUGGCCAAGGAUGAGGAAGUCGCAACAUUUGUUGACCUUGUCAGAGGCAACAUGAAAAGUGGAAAUGACAGUGCCGUCUGUGGUACUGCCAAAUUCACCGCUGGCAGAGAGAUGUCAAAAAAGUCUGGUGCCCAGAUAGACGAGGAGGGCAUUCAAGUGGCAGUUUGCAGACAUGGGUUUCUCUUACGAGGACUGAACCACUUCCGUGGAGAAAUAUACGCGUACCCAAUGUUUCUCCAAAAAGAGAUGUCCAAGAAGGCAAAUGUUGACUUCUUCUGUAUGGAUGUAACAUGCAGGUAAUCCUCACUGUCAUAUUGCACAUCCACAAAAAUGUUUAAAAUGGCCUAUGCCUCAGCAGUCAUUUUAGAUGAUAUUGAUAUUGUUGUCAUGUCAAUUAAAAGUUUAUCUUUGUAACACUCAAUCACAAAAUGCUGCUCCUGCUUCUUAGGUACUGGCCAUACCUUAAUAAAAUAGCCGAGGGAUUACCAGAGCUUCUGCCGUUGACAGAAAUGAGGCCAUUUCUUAGCGUGAUGCAUGCUAAAGCCCAUACAGCAAAAUGCGAGGUGAGAUGGGUGGCAGAAGUCAGGACGGGGCAGGAAACACAGUGGGAGAGGAAGUAGAGCAGGUGAACAGCUUUCUCUCCAGGGCAGCUCUGGUCACAAAAUACAUGACAAAAUCAGGAAGAGUGAACAUGCUUACUCAACAGGCCAUGGGAUGGAACAGAAGGAAGAGGGACAACCUUCAUCAAGUUUUAGCACACAGAUAUGUCAAAAUCACAGAGAGGGCAAAGGUGGAAGCUGCCAGCUUCAGCGACUUCAAAAAGGAGCACAACCUUGAUCAGGAGACCAUACAGCAGUGGGUGUAUGAUGUCAGGCAAUGGGCGGUCACAGAGAGAGUUUACGCCCCAGGGUGUACUGAAGGACUAAGGGUGGAUAUUGAGAACAUCACCGUCACUCUUUUGCGCAGGAAGCAAGAUCUGUAUCGUCAGCAUGACAGCAACCAGGCAAGGCAAAGAAAGAGGAAGAGAAUGAGAGAGCUGAAAAAGAAGCUUCGCGAAAAAGUUGUACAAUACAACACCGGAGUGCAGGAAGAACAGAUUGACGAGGAGUUGGCUUGCAGUCUGACAGAGGGCUACACCCUACCAUGGGAGAGGCAUGCAAAUGGCAACACCUUCAGGUUGAAGAGGUCUGUCUUUGAGCAGGUAAUGCUGGUCAGACGUUUGGAGGAGGAGCAGAGCAUCCUGGUGAAAGAGAUGUCGCAGCACAUCAUGUUCCUUCUGAAGGAAGUACAAGAAGUGGAAGCACUGAGAGGACAGACUUUGGAGGGCAUCAAAACCAGCAAUUUCGGUGACCUGACAGAGGAUGCUGCACAUGGGCUCAAGAGUGUCCUCAGUCGGAGGUGGCACUUCCUCAAAAGCCAACACAAACAGGCUGUACAUGCGUACAGCGGUGUAGCCGCUUUGGAAUGCCAUGAUCUUCAAUUACAGCAGGACAUUGAGGAGUCGGAUGACAAUGACUACACUAGCCCUGAGUCUGAGGAAGAAGACCUGUAAAGGUUUCUGCCAAGCAACACAGAGGCACUGGAGAGCUCUUUCACAAGAGAAGUGUCACGUCCACACGCUGGCGCACGCCAUAAUAAAGGCCUACAAAAUAAAGACAUUUUAAAACACUAUAUAUGAGAACAAUAUGAAACUAUGCACUUGUUUCGCCCGACUGAGUUCAUAAUAAUGUGAAAAUGUGUUUAUAUUUUGUACUUCCGUUUAUUUAAAGCGCUUUGACUUGCUGAUGUGUAUGAAAAUAAAUUGCCUUGCCUUUAUAUUAAACUGCCUCUUAUUACUCAAACAAGUGCUAUACAA